CAUUGGCAUUUGAGCAUACACAUAGCGCUGAACCUGGACAGCCAUGGCAUCUACUUUUGAUCGCAUUUUUGGCUUCGAUGAAACCAAAGGUCCGGUGACUCCGCUUGGUGUACGAAAUGUGGCGGUGCUGCCGAACGGCCCAUGGAGCAUGAAGACGGAGGAAGAGCCCCGCAAGAAUCGCAAGAGUUGGCCGCAGGCAAAACGUCUUGAGACUGGGCUUUGCGAGGAGAAUGCGAUUGGUCAGGUCUUGGGUUCUCGAAAGAAGCGAAUUCAGGAGCCAGGCCAUGAGAGUGGGGUGGGUGCUGCGUUGUCUCCCCGGCAGCAGGCUUGGUCUGGCGGAAGUCCGAGGAGCAUUCCUGCUGACUCUCCUGAGCCAGGAGACAAGGACUUGUUUACUCCGAGCGGCCGGCCCCUCCGUCGCAGGUUCCCUUCAGUGGACAGGGGCAGCGUGCCCCUUCCUCCGUGGGUCUCAGUAGGUGACUGCUCUCCGCCUUCUCCACGUUCCCCUUCGCCCCGGAGGAAUCGGUCGCCCCGAGCUGCACGGUCCCCCUCACCGCGCUCUCCAUCACCGCGGACGCAGGAUCGACGCGUGAUUGAAUGGAGCACUGGGUAUGACCUGGACGCGUACAGGUGCAUCAAAGUCUUCCCAGGGAACGUUCAUUACAAGAGCUCUUCAGCACUGAACCCUGCGAGAGCUGUGAUGGACCUGCACAAGGAGGAGCAUGCCGGGCUGGUUGGACGUGAUGGAUUGCCCAAGGGCGGAUGCAAGCGCCAUAUCUCUCCCAAUUCGAGGGGCACCGAAGGUUUAAUUGCCUUCACACCUCCACCUUCGCCCCAAACGGACGCUUCAAGUCCAUCAGCUUCUUCUCCAUCUGCUCGCGAGAACCUGCACAGCUUCCAAUCCUCCAGGGCGCCAAAUGGAACCCUCUCGCUGCUGUCGCCCAUCCCGCGCAAGCGCUUGCAAUCUCCGGAGAGUCCCGUGAGCGAGGAGCAUGCUUCAGCGGCUGGAAUGGCUUCUCCACGCUUCUCCUGGGCAGCUGACAUGGUACCGGAUCGCAAGGAGGUUCGCAGCUUUUCGCCCCGAUCGCCUGCCAGAGAUGCCGUGUCCCCGCGGAGUUUGAUCCGCAGCCCGGCAUCCUUGGGCACCGGUCUGUAUGCUGAGGAACCACAGUCCAUGCUCGAGAACUUCUUGGGCGCACGCAAAGGAAGAGUUUCAACAUCUCCUGAAGGUCCUUCCGCCCCUUCACGUGCUUCGCCGCCAGCUUCGUCCCCUUCAGGUGAAACAGCUUUGGGAUUUGGUAGCCUGUCUUGGGGAAAAGUCGCAGCUGGGGGCUAUGGCCUGGAUGUAGCUUCUCGCCAAGCUGUCGGUGGACUGCAUGGUUCUGGGGCCUUCACUCAGGCCGUGCGCACCACCAGGGCCGAUGUCACUUUCAAGGAACCCCUUUUCCGUCACCGAGAGAAGGUUCUUGAGCACCGUGCGCAAUCGCCACGACGUUGGAGAUAGGCUGCUUGGUGGAAGGUUUUCAAUUCACUUGGCAACCAACAAAGUGUGAGUGUGCUGCUCGCCCAUGCAUUUCAGAUUUCACAUCACCCGUAACGGGGCCGUCCUACUUUUGGUGCAAGAAGCUGGGCAUUGACCCCCC